AUGGACAUUCUCUCCAAAAUUAAUAAUUGGAUGAAAGAUGUUAAACAUAGUACUUAUAGUACAAAAGAUAUUUUCACAAUUAUUUUAGUCAAGAAAAUAUUUGAACUAGGGCUUGUGAAAUAUUCCAAAUCCAUAUUAUUAUUACCGAAUAUUGACAUAAUUAUAAAUUUUAUUAUAGCUAUGAAGGCAAAUGAAUUCAUAGAAAUAGAUCGUCAUGAAAUUAACAAUGCUGCCAACAAUAAUCAAGACAUCGAUCAUGAAAUCAACAACGAUAAGAAUAUUGCUCGUGAAAUUCAUAAUUUUAUCGAAAAUGGUAAAGAAAUUGUUCAUGAAAUUCUUCGAUUACAGAGCAAGUGUUCAUUAUAUCGUGAACUGCUGUCUGAUUCGAUCAUUCGAUGUUUUGUUCCAUUGGUCGAUGUGUAUAGAGUGUUCCAGACACUUGAUCGUCAACAAUAUACAUUUCCACAAACAAAACCAAAUAUCGAUGAUAUUGUUGCUUUAAAAAAACCAAAAAGUCUAGAUAUUGCGAAUGUAAAUUCGAAGAAAGAAUUUUUUGACCAAUUUAUUAAACAAAUAAAUGAAUGGUUUAAUUGGUUUGAUCAAUUUAUUGAUAUUUUUCAACCUAUUAUUGAUUGGUUAAAAGCUCAUAAUGUUAGUCGUUCGAAUCAGUUAUUAAUUGAUCUAUUAAGAAUUCGUGAUGAUCCUAAAAUGACUUUGAUUGAAAUGAGAACAAUUAUUGAUGAUGCUUUAAAAAGUUUACAAACCUUCAAAGAUCUUUGA